CCGGAAGUCGCCUCAGCGGGCGCCGCCAUCUUUGCUGCCUGUCUGCCGGCCCGGCUCCAGCAUGUCCGAGACCUACGAUUUCCUCUUUAAGUUCCUGGUGAUCGGCAGCGCCGGCACCGGCAAGUCCUGCCUGCCGCACCACUUCUUUUUUUCCCAUUUUUCCCCAUUUUUCCCAGUCAAGCAGGAUUCCAACCACACCAUUGGGGUGGAAUUUGGCUCCAAGGUCGUCAACGUGGGCGGCAAAACCGUCAAGCUGCAGAUCUGGGACACGGCGGGCCAGGAGCGCUUCAGGUCGGUGACCCGCAGUUAUUACAGAGGGGCCGCGGGGGCACUGCUCGUCUAUGACAUCACCAGCCGUGAGACGUACAACGCGCUGGCGCAGUGGCUGACGGACGCGCGGACCUUGGCCAGCCCCAACAUCGUCAUCAUCCUGUGCGGCAACAAGAAGGACCUGGAGGGGGAGAGGGAGGUGACGUUCCUGGAGGCGUCGAGAUUCGCCCAGGAAAACGAGCUGAUGUUCCUGGAGACCAGCGCGCUGACGGGAGAGAACGUGGAGGAGGCGUUCCUGAAAUGCGCCCGCACCAUCCUCAACAAGAUCGAGUCCGGGGAGCUGGAUCCCGAGCGGAUGGGAUCGGGGAUCCAGUACGGGGACGCGUCGCUGCGGCAGCUCCGGCAGCCCCGGGGAGCCCCGGCCCCGAGCCGGCAGGGCUGCGGCUGCUGAGAGCCCAGAGCGCCCCAGAGCGCAGGUGAGAGCCCAAAAUAUCCCAAAAACACAGGUGAGAGACCAAAUAUCCCCAGAACACAGGUGAGAGACCAAAAUAUAACAAACACACAGGUGAGAGCCCAAAAUAUCCCCAGAACACAGGUGAGAGAGCCCAAAUAUCCCCAGAACAGAGGUGAGAGAGCCCAAAUAUCCCCAGAACACAGGUGAGAGACCAAAAUAUCCCCAAAACACAGGUGAGAGAGCAAAAAUAC